AUGGAUUUAAAUUCAUCCACCCCUUAUGAAGAAUUAGCGGGAGUAUAUAAUACAUACGUAGAUGAUAUGAUUAAUGAAGCAUUGAGUGAUAAUAGAAAUGCUCUAUCUAAGGAAAAAUUAAUGAAAAUUCCAUAUUCUGAAUGUUACUUAAAUUCAAUCACUGCAGCAAUUGGUAAACAAAAUAAAGGUAAAACAUUAACGAUAUUAAAACAAAUUAUCAUUAUUGCUAACACUUCCCCCCAUUCACAUGUGUUAAUUUAUAUCAACCGUUCAGGUUCACCUUCAGAUGAUACAUUUGAAUCUUUAAAGCAUUUAAUCAAAAUUCCAAUUAUUUAUUUAUCACAAGAAGAAGCAGAAGAUUAUUUAAAAAACUUUUUAAUGUAUAAAGAAUUAUAUAAUACAAUCAAGAAGCAAGGAUUAGAGGAUAAAAUUAUUGAUAAACAACGGGAUGAAUUAUUUGAAACACUUUCUAUUUCAAAUUUUGAUAGAGAAUUUUUGCAUUCACUCAUUUUUCUAGAUGAUGCAGUGAAAUCAAAACUAAUAACAAAUGAGAAAUCAUAUUUUAAUCAGUUAUUAACUCAAUGUCGACACAUUCAGUGUUCAUUCUUCAUGGCUGUUCAAUACUUCAAAGCAUUAAGCACAAACAUUAA